UGCACAUCAACAACCUGAAGCUGAUCUGCCGGGCCCACCAGCUGGUCCACGAGGGCUACAAGUUCAUGUUCGACGAGAAGCUGGUGACCGUGUGGUCGGCGCCCAACUACUGCUACCGCUGCGGCAACAUCGCCUCCAUCAUGGUGUUCAAGGACGUCAACCGGAGGGAGCCCAAGCUGUUCAGGGCCGUGCCGGACUCGGAGAGGGUCAUCCCCCCCAGGACCACCACCCCCUACUUCCUCUGAGGGCCUCCGGGUCGACAGCAGCUUCAGGGGCUCAAGGUCCCAGGCUUCAUGGUCCCAGGCUUCAUGGACCCAGGCUUCAUGGUCCCAGGCUUCAUGGUCCCAGGCUUCAUGGUCCCAGGCUUCAUGGUCCCAGGCUUCAUGGUCCCAGGCAUCAUGGUCCCAGGCUUCAUGGUCCCAGGCUUCAUGGUCCCAGGCUUCAUGGUCCCAGGCUUCAUGGGUGGUCCUACCUAUGGCAGGAAAAUGAUGACUGGGAGUCUUGCAGCUGCAGGUGUCUUCGCAUCAGAGAGUCGUGUUGGAGCUGUUUUGCGCAACAUUCACCCACCUUACCAUAAGGCACGAUGCCAGGGAGCAAGGAACCUCAACCCUCUUCCUUACCAUGCAGCCUAUGUGGGUCACAAAAUCCACAUGGACCAAAAUGAGAAGAUUGUCAUGUUUGGCGUGACUCAUGUGCUGGCAAUAGAUCGCUUCUCCAGCAAAAUUGUUGGACAAGCUACUAUGCCUGUAAAGAACAACCUCACCAUCUACAAUGACGUUUACAGGAGUGCAGUCAUGGAAUAUGGGAUGUGGGACCAGGUCAGAGUGGAUCAUGGAAAGGAGUUCUACCUCACUCUUUUCAUGCAGGAGAAGUUGGCCAGCCACCGCCACAACACUGAAAAGGCCACCAUAUCUCCAAACACCAUCGACAAAGAAUGACAGAAUCGAGAGGAUCUGGCCAGAAAUCAACAACCGGGUCAACUACCCGUUGAAAGCUGCAUUGGUCCAACUGGUGGAUCAGGAGGAGCUGGACAUGGAGGACCAGAUGACUCGGUUCUGUGUGUCAUCUUUGACAUGCCAGUUGGCCCAGAUCGGUGUUAACCGAACUGUGCAAGCAUGGAAUGCACACAGGAUUCCUGGGAGGGGGAUACCAAAUUACUUGGCCAGAGAUGGAUGCCCAGAUAAGCUGUCGACAGACCUUUUGCCAAAUGCAUCUGUGGCUGCAGACUGGUACGACCAGGAAGUGGGCUCACUGACACGAGUGUCAGACUUUGGCACCAACCCAUUUCCAAGUUUACAGGACCAGGAAGCUGCAGUGAGGGAAUUUGCUCUGCAGUGCCCUGAUACAAGUGGACUGCUGGACAAUGCAGUGAAUAAUCUGCCACAACCGUUCAAAGAUGGACUCAAAGGCCUCAUCGACAUCUCAAGGAGAAGUUGUCAACGCUGAUGUUUUUUUGUGUGUCUAAGUUGUUAUUGUCUGUGCUUUUUAAUUGGUUCAACUGACGGAAUGUUUUUUUCUUUUCUUCAAAUGUUGGGGGUCUAAAGGGAGAAAUAAGUUCUUUUUGAAUAAACACUUCUGUUGUC